AUGCGUAUCAUACUGUUCGUGUUCCUCUCCCUUAUUGCUAUUGCCCUCAGUCUUGAUUGCAGAAAAUUCUCAUUCGCUCCAGCAUGUCGCGGCAUCAUGUUGAAGCGAUCGGAAACCACUGAACAACAGCAAUCACUCGAACUCUAUCAGUUGGCGCAAAACCUGGAGAUGCUGUCAUUACUGAUUCGUGAAGCAGAAGCUGAAGGAAUCAAGGAAUGUAUACCGAUUUCAUGGAUUAGAAACAAAUUGGCAACGUUAUAUCUGCCGAGUAGGUCGUAA